AUGCUGUUUGGUCCCGCACUGUAUCAGGCCACGAUCCCAACCUGGCACUUGACUUGGAUCGGCAGGCGGUCAUAUGCAAGGCGAUACGAAUGUCAUUUUGGAUGGGUCAUAUGCGUGCCAGGUCGAUCCGCAAGCGAUUGGAAGGCGGGAGGUCUCUGUGGCGCAGCAUGA